UGGAGGUCAAGCUCUCGCAGAGUGAGCCAAGUAACAACAGUAGCAUCGGGGGAAAUCAGGAUGUAUCAAACGUGGACCACACCAGCAAACACGAUGGUGCAGAGAAUGACGAGGGGUUGUAUGAAAGUGGAAACAGUGGAAAUACCACUGAUUGCAUCAACAGAGGAGAUGUUGGCCAUGAAGAAUGUAGAAGAAUCGAAUCUGCCACACCCAGAGAUACAUUCAAUGGAGCUGAUGAUUUAGUGAAUGCUCUUGGAAAUGCUGGCAGAAGACCUGAGAGCAACCCUAGUCAUUCCACAACAAAUGGAAGCAGAGAAGAACCCACUGCUGAAAGGGAUGUUACUGGAGAGGACAUCCCUAGGGGUAACUUGGAAGGUGGAAACUCAAGUGAUGGCAGACGUGGGACUGGAGAUGGGAAUGUUGAUUAUACCAUCCGAACAGACCUUUCCACAGUCACUCAAAAUGACGAUGGAAUGGAAAACCACAUUGGCAACAUGGUUGGAGAAGGAUAUGGUGGCACCCCAGGAGACCAGACUAACGACACCCAAGGCCCAAAUGGUGCAGGUGGAGGUGGAUAUGCAAAUGCUGAACCUGAAGGAAACAUAACCAGGGGAUCUAUGAUAAAUAUGGUCCAUGGAGAAAGCAUUCACUGGGCGGACGUGAAUGAAACCGGCAGUAGUAAUAGCGGAGAUCCAAAUGAAGAAGGUUCUAGCGAUAGCUGGGGGGAAGGACGUGAUGAAGACACAGCAGCUCUGGGGGGAAAUGAGAGAGCGAAGCCUAGCAAUCAGACUUGCGACGAAGACAGAGAAGUUGGCCAUCCUAAUGGGGGAAGAGAUGUUGGUGGAGACCCUGCAACCAAUGGAACUGUGGAGCUGUGCCUCAAAAAGAAACAGAAUGACACUCUAGGGUCAGAGGGUGUCGCUACGGGCACUGACGGUAGCAGUAAUGGAUCAGUUGUGAACCAUGCAGAUGGCAGCAAUGUGAAUGAUACUGGCAGGGAUGGGACCCCUGACAACAGAGAGGCCAUUGAUGGGCUUCCCAGUGCAAGCAGCUCUCAGGACGCCAGUGGAGGUCGCCCAGAGGAUACCAGUGACCAUGAGGACACCAGCGAAGCCGAGAGCAAUAGCGCUUAUAGUCUGAGUGUUGAGCUCAUGCAAGGGGACGAGCCCGACGAAAGCCCUGAGUCUGAAGGCUCUGAGUCGAGUAGCCAGCAAGAAGCAUCAAGUGAGGCAAGCGAUGGGGAGGACUCAGAAGACGCGUCUCAGGGAGAAGAGGAAGAAAGUGCCAGUGAGAACGAGAGCAGCGAGCAGGCCGAGAGCAACAGCGAAGACAGUCAACCAGAGAGCAGCGAGAGUGACAGCCAUCCAGACAGCAGCCAAGGUCAAUCUAAUAGCAGCAGUGGAAGUGAGUCUGAGAGCAGCAGCGAGAGUGGGUCUGACAGUAGCAGUGAAAGUGAUGGCAAGGCUGACGAAAGCAGCAGUGAGAGUGAGUCUGAGAGCAGCAGUGAGGGUGACAGCAGCAGUGGGAGUGAGAGUGGCAGUGAGAGUGAGAAGUCCAGCAGUGAGAGUGAGAGUAGCAGUGAGAGUGAGAAAUCCAGCAGUGAGAGUGAGAGUGGCAGUGAGAGUGAGAAAUCCAGCAGUGAGAGUGAGAGUAGCAGUGAGAGUAAGAAAUCCAGCAGUGAGAGUGAGAAGUCCAGCAGUGAGAGUAGCAGUGAGAGUGAGAAGUCCAGCAGCAGCAGCGAAAGCAGCAGCAGUGAAAGCAGCAGCAGCGAAAGCAGCAGCAGCGAAAGCGAAUCUGACAGUAGCAGUGAGAGUGAAAGCAGCAGUGAGGACGACAGCGAAUCUGAUAGCAGCAGUGAGAGUGAUAGCAGUGGUGCAUCGGACACCAGCGAAAGUAGCAGUCAAGCGGGGAGCAGUGAAAACGGCAGCCAGUUCAUGCAAGGGGACGAGCCCGACGAAAGCCCUGAGUCUGAAGGCUCUGAGUCGAGUAGCCAGCAAGAAGCGUCAAGUGAGGCAAGCGAUGGGGAGGACUCAGAAGACGCGUCUCAGGGAGAAGAGGAAGAAAGUGCCAGUGAGAACGAGAGCAGCGAGCAGGCCGAGAGCAACAGCGAAGACAGUCAACCCGAGAGCAGCGAGAGUGACAGCCAUCCAGACAGCAGCCCAGGUCAAUCUAAUAGCAGCAGUGGAAGUGAGUCGGAAAGCAAUGGAGAAAGUGAAUCUGAGAGCAGCAGCGAAAGUGAUGGCAAGGCUGACGAAAGCAGCAGUGAGAGUGAGUCUGAUAGCAGCAGUGAGGGUGACAGCAGCACUGGGAGUGAGAGUAGCAGUGAGAGUGAGAAGUCCAGCAGUGAGAGUGGCAGUGAGAGUGAGAAGUCUAGCAGUGAGAGUGAGAAGUCCAGCAGUGAGAGUGAGAAAUCCAGCAGUGAGAGUGAGAGUAGCAGUGAGAGUGAGAAAUCCAGCAGUGAGAGUAGCAGUGAGAGUGAGAAAUCCAGCAGCAGCAGCAGCAGCAGCGAAAGCAGCAGCAGCGAAAGCAGCAGCAGCGAAAGCGAAUCUGACAGUAGCAGUGAGAGUGAAAGCAGCAGUGAGGACGACAGUGAAUCUGAUAGCAGCAGUGAGAGUGAUAGCAGUGGUGCAUCGGACACCAGCGAAAGUAGCAGUCAAGUGGGGAGCAGUGAAAACGGCAGCCAGUCAGACAGUGAUAGCGAAGACGGUGGUGAGUUAACGAGCAGUGAAAGUGAGAACGAUUCGGCAAACCAACCCGACAGCGAUAGUGAGAGUGCACCUCUGAGUGCAGAAAACGGUACUGCCAGCGAUGGUGCUUCAGAUACAGCGGAAAUGGCAAGUGACGAUGAAUCUGCAGCAAGCGAGGAGAGUGACAGUGAUUCUCAGUCAGAAGGUGGAGACACUGAGAGCGAAUCCAUAAGUGAAGGCAGUCAGAGCAACGACCUAACCAGUGAUUAUUAAUGCAAAGUUGAGGAAGGAUCAAAUUAUGGCAAUGGAAGCGCUCAUGAUGGCAGAGGAAGACUGGACAGCGACAUAGAAGCCAAGAUAACCGGCCGAAACACGUUUGUCAGGAAGUUACCACCGCAAGAUCUCUAAAUAAGUGUGAUUAGGAUCAUGGUCAAAGUCGAAUUGGGGGCACAUUACGGUAGCAGGAAAGCUGCCCCAGUCCUCAUAGUCACAGGGGGUCAAAAAUGCUGUGUUUAUACAUUUUUGAGUGCUGCGGUUUGGUUUCCAAUAAACUAUAUGCCUUUGCACAAUGGGUAUUCAAUUAUUGGUAAACAGAUACAAUAUAAAUAAAAGCCCAGGUUCUGAUACACAUGUUCAUUCAUCAAAGACCUCCAGGGUUGGUUCUUAUAAGUGUUCUUAUAAGUGUUAUUCAUUACUUGGCUGCAACAUCAUGACUUGCAUGUGUGAAUGAAACAUUGCAAAUAGAAUUCCUGGUAAACACCACCUGGCCUGUUUUUCUUGGUUUACUUGUUCAAUAUCGUGGUUCUUAGAACAUUAUAAAUGUGCCCUGUGUGUAAACUGUAAAAUAAAUUAUUAUUUUUCA